GGAACAUUAUUUUGGGCAGUCUGCAAUCGAUAGCGCGAUAGUCAGCAUGACAUUCCUUCGACCCUUGCCGGCGGGCCUGCAAAAGAUUGCCAUCGAGGAGCUCAAUGAGGUGCCCGAUCGCGUGGAGUCGGACAUUUGCGCCUUGAGGACAUGGCUGGAGAAGUUGCCACAUUUGCGUGCCUGCAUGGAGGCUCAGUUUCUGCUGAGUUUUCUCCGCGGAUCGAAGUUCAGUCUGGAGAAGGCCAAGCAGAAGAUUGAUCGGUUCUACACGCUGCAAGCGGUGAUACCAGAGAUCUUCAAUGAGCAUCGCCUGGUGGAUGACCCGCAGGUGCUCGAGAUCAUUCGAAUGGGUGUUAUCCUGCGCAUUCCCCUGGACAAAGAGGACACUGGCCCAGCAGUGACCAUCAUUCGUGUGGGCUCCUACGACACACAGAAAUACAAGUUCCAGGACAUCAUUCGCGUGGGUUCCAUGUUUGGGGAGAUAAUGAUGCUCGAGGAGGACAAUGCCACUGUCAGUGGCUAUCUGGAGAUCAUGGACAUGACGGGCGUCACGGCUGCCAAUCUCUUUGCCCUCCAGCCACAGCUCCUAAGCAAAUUCUCGGCCUACGCCGAUGAGGCAAUGCCCACGCGGCAGAAGGGCAUUCACUUUAUCAAUGUGCCCAAAGCCUUUGAAACGGGUUUCAAAUCGCUGCUCUCCUGGUUUCCCGGCAAGAUCAGAGAGAGAGUUUCUGUUAGCUCUGAUCCAGAGGCAAUCUUUGAGCGCGUUUCGCGUGAUUAUUUACCCGUGGAAUAUGGCGGCACCAAGGGCUCAAUGCAGAAUUUGUUAAAGGAAAUGGAGGCCAAGUUAUGCAGCUAUCGAGAGUACUUUGAGGCCACUCAGAUCUUUGGCAUCAAUGAGCAGCUAAGGGAGGAACAACGCUCCCCCGGCAACAGCCACGCGAGUCACUUCGGUGUGGAUGGCUCCUUCCGCCUGCUGGCCAUCGACUGAAGACAACCCCUCUGGCCGUAGUACGAGUAUCUGAAACCCAUAAAACGAUAAUAAAAAUGCUUUCUGAUAAGCGCUGAUACACUCUU